UGUAGCGUUCGAUGCAGUCACGAUUUGGGACGGUGAAUGUACAAUUACCAAUUUAAUGACUUAAGAGUGUUCGUCAUUCACGAAUCAAUACCUGAGCAGCCUUGAGAAAAAUGCGAGAUAGGUUUUUCUUGUUUCAUGACGCUAUGGCGAGAGAAUGUGCUGUCUUUUUUUAACUUUUCACACUUUUAACAACUCGCUCUAAUUAAUUUCAGUUUAUUUAUCAAUUGGACAUAUCAAACAUGGACUCCAAAUCUGCAAGUUUAAGCCAUAUGCGAAGCCAAAAUGCCAGUAGAGAGGUUAUACGGCCAUUCGUUUGUGGGACAUUCCGGGAUUUUCACGCAGAAAGGGACUUCCUGAAUGAUCAUGUCUUCCCGAAGUUACACCGUCUGUGCCAGGAACGGGGAACAAGCUUUCUUCCUGUGGAUUUGCGCUGGGACUCAAAACAAGGACAAUCCGCUAGUGAUCAUAUUUUACGAGUUUGUUUAGAUAAUGUGGAGCGCUGCGCUCCGUAUUUUAUUUGUCUUCUUGGAGACCGAUAUGGGGUCCAUAGACCGUCCGAGAGCGAACCUCCAGAUGUUGCGACGGAGGAGUGGUUGACUAAAAACUACGAACUUGCUACUUCGCACGGCUAUGAGUGGCUCAAAGAGGACGAAUACAGGUGCAGCAGCCUAACUGAGCUUGAGGUUGUGCAAGCGUCAUUCCGUAAGAAGUAUGAUUAUGGUUAUUUCUAUUUCCGUGAUCCGGAGCAUCUAAAAGAAAAGAUAGACAGUGCAGAUUCUGAAGAGGAGAAGGAAAUACUACUCUCCAACCAUAAAAUCGAAAGUGAAUACUCCGCCAAGAAGCUUAGAGAGCUCAAACAGCAAGUUAUUGAUACAGAGCUACCUGUGAGACAUUUUCGCACCUUAGAGGAGCUCGGAGACCUCGUACUGGCAGACUGGACAAGCGUUAUCAAUACUUUAUACUCUCCUAUCGAGCCAUUUGUGUUCUCCAAUACGAACACCGAACCCUUCCGGCAGUGGUCGCUCCACGAAACCGUCAGUGAAUCUUAUCGGCGCACCUUCAUACGAACACCGAGGACCCGAGAGAUCUCCGACGUGUUGAGCGUGCAUGCCGAAGUCGAACAAGGCGUCACACGCAAGACGAGUGUUGCGCUGAGUCACGUGAUGCUGAGCACUUUCAUGACAAGUGUUCCUGGAGGCGAUUCGUUGCCGCCCAUCUUGACUCUACUGGGUGAACGCGGUUCUGGCAAAAGCGCCCUUGUCUCCUAUUGGCUGAAGCAAUUCACAACUGCACGGCCGGAAGUGGUAUUAGUACCACAUCACGUGGGAUGUGACUCCUCCUCCGCUGACGUCACAAACUUCAUGCGCCGCUGUACUCGAGAACUGCGGACACAGUACCUUGGGUCAGAUCUCAAUGACAUCAUUGAUAACAACGACAUCACCGACUUCCGGCGUGUGACCGAGGCUUUCCACGCGGCCAUAGAACUGGGGCCCAGUGUCAUCGUACUUGACGGUGCCAGCGAGUUCGGGAAAUCUCACGACCUUCCGGCGUACCAAGCUAAGGAGUUGACGUGGCUUCCGAAGGAAAUUCCUGAGUUUUGUCGGUUAAUAAUCACCACCAUCAAAUCCGAUAUAACAUAUCGCGCGCUUAAACAGCGCAAAGACUCCUACUUCAUCGAACUAAAUAAUGUUUUAGACGCAAAGUCAAAGCGAAAACUGUUAGAGGAGUAUGUUGGUGCGAAUUAUACGAAUUUCAUGGACGAACAGCACUAUGCCAAGAUCUUAAGCUCAAAGCUAAGCGAACUCCCCAUGUAUUACGUUGCGCUAGCGAGCGAGCUGAGGAUUCUGGGCACGGUUAAGAACCCUGAGAGACAGCUUGACAUGUACGUGCACGCUACCUCGGUGGGGGAGCUUUGGAAGCAGAUCAUACGCCGCUGGACACAUGACUAUGGCUGGCUCAGACCAGCGGCUAGCAGGAACCCAGUGCCUUCAAUCAAAGCGCAAGGGUCACGUGACAGAAUGAACAGCGGUUGGGUUGCAGAUGCCAUGCGCCUCUUCAGCGUGUCGCGCAGCGGCCUCACCGAAAGAGAAAUGCUAGGCGCCCUAAGGAUCAUGGGGUACGCCAACAACUACAGUAUUUCCACCGCCUACUGGAGCAUGCUCCGUAUAGCCGCCCAGAAUGCAUUGCUGGAGCUUCCAUCUGGGGCUCUUAUUUUCUCACACGGGGUUAUCCGUAACGCCGUUGAUGUUGCGUUGCUUAGCAACCUGACGUCGCCCUCACACGAGCGUGUCAUCACACCGAUGAGCGAUCCUUGGGAGCGACAGAAGCAGCAGUGUCACGUGGUCUUGGGCAAGUACUUUGCGAUGCAGCCCAACUCGCCACGUAUUGUUGAGGAGUUACCAUGGCAACAGUUAAUAAGCGGAAACCUGGAGGAACUUUGCAGAACUAUCACUAACCCCGGGCUCUUCGUCUAUUUUGCGCACAAUAGGAAUGAAACCCAGCGUCAGCUUGAUUUUCUGUGCUAUUGGAAAGCGCUCAAAUCGCGAGGUCACAAACCAGAAGUUGUGCUACUACAAAUGGCAGAGAGCGCCAAAGAGAGACUAUCCCAAGAACACUUGCGCGCUGCGUCCUCUGUCUCUAGAGUGGAGGAACCGCUAAUCGUAGAAACUGUCUGCUAUAAAACCGAGGAAGACCCUUUGUCUCCCAUGGAGCUAACUGUCGUGCUGUACCAUGCCGGAAAAUACCUGAUGCAUUGUGGGGAUUUAGAGGCAGCGGAACGGCUACUCCUGGCAGCGUACAAGACUGGGAACCCUGUGGCUUCAGUUCUCGACUUGGAGCUUAUGUGCCAUGUGCAGUGCGCGCUGGGAGAUAUGUACGUUGCUAUGGAGACCAUGUCGACGGCGGCAAACUGGUACACAGGGGCCCUGAAGACGUCGAGUGAGAUUACAUGCGUGAGUAAUAAGAGGGAACACGAGGCAACAAUUGGUGGAAUCCUUUGUAAGCUGGCAAUGACCCGAAUGGACGGCGAAAACGUCCCUGUAGGACCAUCUGAGGAACGGCCCAAGUCACGUGUUCCUUCUCGAUCCAGUCGAUCGCGGACGACGUCUGGCCACAGCAGACCUGACAAUGAUUCGGACCCACAUAUUGACUCCUCUGUUGGGCCUUUAUUAAAAGAGGCCUUCAAGCAUUUACAACUAGCUGGAUCUUUUCCGGUGACUUCAACUGCCUUUUACUACAUGGGCCUGCAGUCAAUGAAGCAGCAGCAGUGGUCAGAAGCUCGCAAAGCCCUAGAAACAGCAAUGCUCAUGCGUAAGCAGUGGUACGGCCGUACUCACCCCUCCGUUGCAAGAAUCGUGGACUUGCUGGGCACCCUGUGUUGGAAUGAUACCAGCGAGUCACGUGAGAUAAGCGAGUCGGAGAAGCUGUACCGAGAGGCACUGCACAUGCGCGAGGAAGCGCUAGGGAAGACCCACUUGGAGGUGGCGAGCACGUUAUUUAAGCUCGGAAAACUUCUUCGCGUGAAAAACACAAAGGACGCUACACGUGAAGCCAAACAACUGUUCCAGCGUUCACUCGAUAUUCGCACUGCCAAGCUGGGGGUGUACCACAGCGCCACCAAGACGGUGAGACGAGAGCUGAUGGGCCUCGAGAUGGCAGACGUCGCUCUGACGUUCGGUACGAGCGCCGCGAUCAAGGAACAACCAAUGCUGAUGUUGAGGGACUACAAAGCACAGCUUUUAGCAAAAAGCGCAUCCUCAAAGCUUGCGUCUAGAAAUUAGCUAGGCUAGGUUUUUCCUUCGGGAUAAUCGAAACGUUCAAUAGUGGGGAACUACAAGGCACCGCUUAUAGCAAAAAGCGCAUCCUCAAAGCUUGCGUCUAAAAAUUAGCCAGGCUAGGUUUUUUCUUCGAGAUAAUCGAAACGUUCAAUAGUGGGGAACUACAAGGCACCGCUUAUAGCAAAAAGCGCAUCCUCAAAGCUUGCGUCUAAAAAUUAGCCAGGCUAGGUUUCUCCUUCGGGAUAAUCGAAACGUUCAAUAGUGGGGGACUACAAGGCACCGCUUAUAAUAGCCAGAAGCAUAUCCUUAAGUUUGCGUUGACAAAUUAGCCAGACUAGGGCUACAACAGGCGGCAUCUGUGAACCAAGGUUUACUCGGUAACCUGCUAAAGGAGAUACGGAAGGUAUUCUGAGAAAGCGGCCCCUUCCGGAAACCUAAAACUAUUGUUAUCAGUUUAUAUAACAUAGUAUAACGCAUAUUAGAAUUAUUAGGAGGUUUUGUAAAAAAUCCAGGCUCCAAAAAGAAGUGAUAGCUCGAUCCCGUCCACUCCCAAGGGGGAGGGGGGCAUUUAGUGGUAAACAUCCAAACUUUGGCUCAACAAUGAAUAACCUAGGAAAUGUAGAUUUCCCCAAUAAUAUUAUGACAACAUAUAAAAUUUUAAUACAAAGUUUAUUAAUAUUUUUUUACCCGCUUUGUAAAUUUGCCUCAUUUUGAGGCCAUCUACCAUUCCCGGCGCGGCUUUGCCACUUUUCUAAAGGGUAUAAAAAGAGUGCCAAAUAUAUUUUAUCCUAGCAGAGAAAUUUUCAUAAAUAAACUCCAACCAAUAACGAC